AUGUCUGCCAAUUCCGCUAGUCGCCUAGCUACAACAAAACAAGCCUUCCAUAACAUAGUCCAUCAACUCUUCCAAAAAACUCAAGAGCCCGUAAGGCCGAGAAAUUAUAGAGGUGCCACCUUUCAGCGAUCAGAGAAAUAUGUACUUCUGCAUGAGGAAGAGCAACACCUAGCAGAUCAUAUCGCAGUUCUGACUCAAGCUAAAGGAGGCCCACACAAAACCAACCAAAAUGAAGAAGAGCAUAGAUCCAAACUUCUUACACAAAUUUUCAAGCUAAACAAUGGUCGUUUGCGAGCUCGCAUUGUUUCAUCAAGUAAAGGGCAUGGCAAGGUUCGACAAUCACUUUGUGAUAGGGCCGAGAAGCUUCGCUCCAUGUUGUUGAUGCAAGAGAUGGAUGAUGAUAAUUCGCCAUGGCAAACCUCACUGUGCAAUCGUCUCGCAAAUUUAAUCCAGGAUGUCGAAAAGUUGGAGCCUGGGUCACAGUGCGGUCAAAUGGAUAACUUAAAUACAAUAGUCCUCGCUGCUCACGAAGUGUCGACGACUGGUGAUAGUCCGUCUCUUGAACACCAGUUCUAUAUCAAAGGUAUGGAUCUAGACAUCGCCCAUCGCAGCACUGUACUUCAAAUCGACAAAAUAAGCAGGUAUCUAGACAUCCGAAACGACUUGAUGUAUUAUUGUCAAAAACAAAGAUGCCGGGACUUAUUCCGCAACAUCCACUUGGAAGUAUGCACUGCUCCCGAAACUCAACGUGUCCAUAGCGAAAUCCAGCUUAUCUUCUUCUAUGAGCAAUACCCUGCGUGUUUGCCUCCAAGAUGCAUAGGAUCUAGUAAAUCAUCCUGUUUCUUGUGCGAUUUAUUUAUUAGAAAGCACGGGAUGUACCAUAUUUCGCAUUCACAUGGCAGAUUAUAUGUAAAUUGGACGAUACCUGAAGGAGACUGGAUGGAUGAGGAAAGAAUCUCGAGGUUUGAUGGAAUUUUGAGGGACAUGAGUCAGGAGAUGGUGCAAAUCAAAGAGACAUUUGUGAAACCGAUUGGCUAUGAAGGUAAUGGUGCUGAGAGCAGAGUGCAUUUGUUGACGCUUCCGCCCAAUCGUGUCGCAACCUCAAGUGAUGUGAGGGAAAGAGAAGCACAUACAGAACAGGGAAAUGGUUCCGGAGUCGCAGUCAUUCAGAAGUCUCGGUCCGAACUCCCGCAGGACACGAGGAUCCCAUUAACAGAUCAUCUACAUCAAGCCCAUGAUACCAAUUCGAAUAUAACCGCGGAUUCGAAUGCCAUAGAAAGAGCCCUUGAUCAAAGUAGAAACUGA